GCGGGGGGGCGGGGCCAGGACGGGCUAUGGUAGCGCGCGGGCUCCCGCGCGGUGGCGGAACCAGGAUCGGGUGACUCGGACACAGCAGCAGCACCAUGGCGAGCUCAACACAGGGCCUCCCCAGCGAUGAGUUCUGGGCCUCCCAUAGCAAGAUGGUGAUGGAGCCACUGGACACCAACGACCCGGAGGUGCACAGCAUCAUCAAGAAGGAGAAGCAGCGGCAGAGGUUGGGGCUGGAGUUAAUUGCAUCGGAGAACUUUGCGAGCCGAGCGGUCCUGGAAGCCCUGGGAUCCUGCAUGAACAACAAAUACUCUGAGGGUUACCCAGGACAGAGGUACUACGGCGGGACGGAGUUUGUGGACGAGCUGGAAAGGCUGUGCCAGAAGCGAGCCCUGCAGGCCUACCGGCUCGACCCCCAGAAGUGGGGAGUCAAUGUCCAGCCCUACUCAGGGUCACCCGCAAACUUUGCGGUGUACACGGCCCUGGUGGAGCCCCACGGCAGGAUCAUGGGGCUGGACCUGCCCGAUGGUGGCCACCUCACCCACGGGUUCAUGACGGACAAGAAGAAGAUCUCUGCCACCUCUGUCUUCUUCGAGUCCAUGCCCUACAAGGUCAACCCCAAGACUGGUUACAUCGACUAUGACCGGCUGGAGGAGAACGCUCGGCUCUUCCACCCCAAGCUGAUCAUAGCAGGUGUCAGCUGCUACUCGCGGAACCUGGACUACGCCCGCAUGCGGAAGAUCGCCGACGACAACGGGGCCUAUCUCAUGGCCGACAUGGCCCACAUCAGCGGGCUGGUGGCCGCCGGCGUGGUGCCCUCGCCCUUCGAACACUGCGACGUCGUCUCCACCACCACCCACAAGACCCUGCGGGGCUGCAGGGCCGGCAUGAUCUUCUACCGCAAAGGGACCCGCAGCGUGGACCCCAAGACAGGCAAGGAGACCCUCUACAACCUGGAGAGCCUCAUCAACCAGGCGGUGUUCCCGGGGCUGCAGGGAGGCCCACACAACCACGCCAUUGCAGGGAUCGCCGUGGCGCUGCACCAGGCCAUGAAACCCGAGUUCAAGGCUUACCAGCAGCAGGUGGUGGCCAACUGCAAGGCACUCUCAUCAGCACUGAUGGAGAUGGGCUACGACAUCGUCACAGGGGGCUCUGACAACCACCUGAUCCUGGUGGAUCUGCGCAGCAAAGGCACAGACGGCGGCCGGGCCGAGCGGGUGCUGGAGCUCUGCUCCAUCGCCUGCAACAAGAACACGUGUCCUGGUGAUGUCAGUGCCCUGCGCCCCAGCGGCCUCCGGUUCGGGACGCCGGCUCUCACCUCCCGCGGCUUCCGGCAGGACGACUUCCGAAAGGUGGCCCAGUACAUCCACAGAGGGAUCGAGCUGGCUCUGCGUGUGCAGAAGGAAAUGAGCCCCAAGGCCACGCUGAAGGAAUUCAAGGACAAAUUGGAGGACCCAAAAUACCGUGGGGAGCUGAAGGCACUGAAGGAAGAGGUAGAAGCCUUUGCAGCCACGUUCCCACUCCCGGGGCUGCCUGUCCUGUAAGGGGACACAUCCAUGCCCGCUCCUGGAACCACGGGAGUACCCAGGGCACGCUCACAAUCCCCAGCCUGAGACCAACACCCCAGUGCCUUCUCCCAGCACUUCCCUGUGGAACUGCAGC